CACAAGGAGGAAGUGCGCUGCACCUCGCGUCUGUUAUGCGACGUUUCCGUACGGUCGGACACUGCGCAGUUUGUUUGGGGUUUUUUGUCCACGAACGCGCCCGACAGACACGAGAGUUCGACUUUUCGUCCGAAAAGUGUGGAUUCAAUUCGCGCGUUAAAGCAAUAAUGCACUCGUGGUAUAAUUGACCCCUCAUAGGGUUUGUGACUAAUUUAACGGGCUCAAGUCGCGCGAAGCGACGGGCCGAACGCAUAUCGACGCCUUUCAUCUCCAUUUGCCGUGGCUUGGUGAGCGCGCCCUGAACGCACCGCGAGCUCGCCGUGUUGUGUCAGUCAGCUCCGCUCCUGUGACCGAGCGGUUCCCUCAGCUCCACUCUGUGGGAGGAUCCGAGCACAACCCGGACGGACGGCACAGCUACACGACAGAAACAAGCCCACGAGGAUGCGCUGAUCGAGCAUCGUUUCACUUUGGCCUUUCAAACAAGAGGCGACUGGAACCACUGCAGUCUCUCUCAGAGUCACACGGCGAGUUGGUGGGUGAAGUGCAGCAGCAGGGCCGGCGCUAGCCAUUUUGGUGCCCUAGGUCUCGGCCUGGGUCCACCAUGACGACCCUCGAGGACGGUUACUUUCACGCCGUUGGCUCGGAGCUGCCCGCCAUGUUAGACGGCAUGAAGCUGGCGGCGGUGGCGGCAGCCCUGUACAUCAUCGUCCGCUGUCUGAACCUGAAGAGCCCCACGGCCUCACCACAGAUCGUCUACCAGGACACGCCGCUCAACCGCUACCUGCUCAAAAUCUGCCCGAUGCUGAGCAAAGAAUACAUUCCUCCCUUGCUGUGGGGGAAGAGUGGGCAUCUCCAGACGGCCCUGUACGGCAAGAUGGGACGUGUCAACACCCCGACGCCCUGCGGGGUCCGAAAGCUCCUCCCCAUGCAGGACGGAGCCACGGCAACCUUUGACCUCUUUGAGCCUCGUGGAGACCACAGCACUGGAGAUGACAUCACCAUGGUUAUCUGCCCUGGGAUCGGUAACCAUAGCGAGAAGAACUACAUUCGCACCUUUGUGGACCACUCCCAGCGGCAGGGUUACCGCUGCGCCGUCCUCAACCACCUGGGAGCCUUGCCCAACAUGGAGCUCACCUCGCCGCGCAUGUUCACCUGCGGUUGCACCUGGGAGUUUGCGGCCAUGGUGGGUCACAUCAAACGGGCCUUCCCCCAGACGCGUCUGGUGGUCGUGGGCUUCAGCCUCGGGGGUAACAUCGUCUGCAAGUUCCUGGGCGAGAACCGAUCGAACCAGGACCGAGUGCUGUGCUGCGUCAGCGUCUGUCAGGGGUACAACGCCCUCAGGGCUCAGGAAACAUUCUUUCAGUGGGACCAGUGCCGGAGGUUCUACAACUUUGUGUUGGCGGAAAAAAUGAAGAAGCUCAUCCUGUCCCACAGGAGCAGUUUGCUGGACAUGAGCUCCAGCCGCAUUGGUGAUGCAGACCUGAGCAGAUUGUGUGCGGCCACCUCUCUGAUGCAGAUCGAUGACAGCAUUAUGAGGAAGUUCCACGGCUACGGCUCCCUGAAGGAGUACUACGAGAAGGAGAGCUGCGUUCACUACAUCCACAAAGUCUCGGUGCCUCUCCUCCUGGUUAACUCCUCAGACGACCCACUAAUUCAUCAGUCACUGCUGGCUAUUCCACGCACACUCGCAGAGAAGAUGCCCAAUGUGAUAUUUGCCCUGACCCAACACGGGGGCCACCUGGGUUUCUUCGAGGGGGCUGUGCUGUUCCCUCAACCCCUCACCUGGAUGGACAAGGUCAUCGUCGAGUACACCGACGCCAUCUGCCACUGGGAGAAGAACCGGCCGGCCUGCCGGAGGAGCGGCCACCAGGACAUGAACUUCUAACCUGCAGGGCCCCAGGGUAGCCCUCAGCGGGUAACGUGUACUGUACAUACUGUAUGUGUCUGGAGACAAAAAACAAGAAGACCAAAACCGUAAAAACACAGAGAGACACGACCUCAGCCCGUUGUGUUUGCUCUACUUUUGGUACUAAUGGCCUUGCAGUUAAGUAAGUAAUUCUGGGAAAUGUAGGAAUCCAUUAGGUGGAUUAAGUAAGGAACGCUGCGUGGAAGUGGGUAAACUAAACUGGAAAGUAAAACUUACAGAUAUAAUGAAACCUGUGAGCUUUGCUGAAUUGUUCCUUCCUCUUUUUGCUCUCAGUUCACCUCCGAUGCAGCAACAGUUCGCACUGCUGGUUUUUCGCAGCCUGUUGGCUGCGAGGUGUACUUCAGCUGGAACAUGACCUUUGACCUUUGCACAAAGAAGAAAAAUAGGACUUUCCUAUGCUAAUACUUCAAAUAGUAAUAUACUUAGAGUACUCAUCCGUCAGAUAACACAAAGUGAUGCAGGCCCCCUUUUUUUGGCAAACAUUUUGAAGCCUUAAAAUCUUAACAAUAAUAUACUUUCGAGUGAACCUGAUGGUCCACAUAAGUCAUGUUUUCAUAUUUUACCAAUCGAUCAAUCUAUUGAAAAAAAAAAGAGUCGACAAUCUGGUUCAAGUGCCUUGAUAUAAAUGCUGGAACAGAUUUGACUUUGUGUCCUAUAACGUUGCAUCCUAACAUUGUAUUUCUUCGACUCAGUAAUAAAACUCAGUUUAUGCACUUACCAAACACAUGGACCAAAGCACUUUUCACUUUUGAAUAAAAAGCAGCUCGGCGAUUUUGUCAUUUUUAACGAUUAUGCCGCAUUAACCUUCACAUAUGGCUUUGGCUCAAAUGCAGUUGUGGUCUCAUAUGAGACAAUAUUUAAAACAAAGGCUAAUUGCUGAUUUUCAGAAGUUACGAUCAUGUUGUUUUUUGGGAGGGGGGAGGGGGUUCUUUGAAUCUGCCUACUGCUACAUACAUGAUGGGUGGAGUUGGCUACGCUCAGCUAAGUUUCUUUCUUGGAAUCACAGAAAACUACGGCACAAAACUUAACUUCCAGUAAAAUUCCAUGAGAAAAUGUCAUUCAGCAAGAGGUUCAUUAAGCACUGACACAGUGUUCUGGAAUUCCUUUUUUAGUUUUCUACCGUUACUCGACAAUAACAAUUGUUAUAGUGGCCUUUGUCAUCACACCUUUGAGAAGUGCCUAUGACGUGUGUAUGACGUGAAACUGAACUGAAUCCAACCUGCUGCGGCACCGCGACUCCGCCUGUAAUGUACAUUGUGUCCUGACUGUUUUGCUUGCACUUUACUGUCCGUACAGUUCUGUUGUACUGUGUGACAAUAUAGUACAUACCAGCAUAUGGGUGUAACAUUUAUAAUUUGUUUUUGCAGUGAUGUGGUGCACAGCCUUGACUGAUGAGCCGCAUUUGAUCUCAACCAUUAACUGAUAAAAGUUUAUUUUAACUUGAUCAGGAUUUUCUGUUGUUGUUGUUUUUUUUGUAUGAGUAGAAUAAAACUAAUACAACUUAUAUUUA